CAUCACCGCAAGAAUGACAUGUUAUUAUCCUGAUGGUGCUGUUGCCGAAGGACUUCAGCCCUGCAAUACAACUGCAGGAGCUGUAUCGUCGUGCUGCCGCGUAGGAGAUGUUUGUCUCACGAACGGCUUCUGUUUCUCAGCCGGACAGAACUCCCUUGUUAGACGAGGCUGUACCGAUCGAACUUUUAACAGUACCGAUUGCCCCCGCAUAUGCAUCACCGGAGUGGUCUCUUCCGUAGACGUGGUCAUGACGCCAUGUGGUGAUUACACCUACUUCUGCUGUGGCCAAGAUGAUGCGGCGAGAAGUUGUUGCACAUCGGGAAAUGGGACAGUUCUCCUCGCUGCUGGGACUGCCAUACUUCCCACGGCUACGGUCACAUACAACAACACGAUCGCAGCCACUACCUCACCUACUGGUUGCCCCUCGGACAACAGUACUGCAACAUCAAACAUCAACCAGCCAACAAAAAACACAGUGCCAGUUGGUGCUGCUGCUGGACUUGGGGGUGUAUUGGGUGUUGCACUCAUUAUCUUGGCCGUUCUAAUAGCGAUGUGGAGGAAGAAGGUGCAUCGAGCAACCGAAGCAGAGCAGCGCGCAAUGGUAGCAGAGCAGCGCACAACAGCAGCAGAGCAGCGCACAACAGUAGCAGAGCAGCGUGUAAUAGAUGUACAGCAGCGCAUAGGUGAAGCAGAGCAGCUCAUAAUGGAGAGGGAUCGGCGAAUAAGGGAGUUAGAGCCAUUGGGGAGGAAAGCAAGGCUGACAGGUCAAUGAGAGGGAAUUGAUAUGACUUCUUGAGUGUACCCAAUUUCUAGUGCCGGGGGUCACUUCACCUAGCAAAAGCAGGCAUUUCCC